AUGGAGGAAUCUAUGAAUAUUCAGUUGAAAGGGAGAGAGAUUCUUGUGAGUGAAAGCCAUGAAGAACUAGCGAUGAUCGUGGAUCAUCUCUUUAAGAGUGAUGAAGACUCGGAAGAAUAUAAAACAUCGCAAGCUCUGUACAAUUACUGCGUCUCUUUUAACCCAGGUUGCUUAGCCGUAAAGCUUCUUAAACUCUAUCAAUCUUCUUCUGAUGGCGUUCUCAGAUUCAGAUCAAUCUAUCAACUCUCCGAAACUCUCACCGGUUUGAGAAACCGCAAACUCUCUCUCGACUGUCUCUACGAAAUCAAAACCCUUUUGAUUGCGUGCUUGACAAUGCAAGAAACCAAAGAAUGUGACAUCAAGAUCCUUAGAAGGAUCGUGUCUUGUGUAGCUUACAAUGUUAUGGACUUGCAUAAAUACAAAUGGGACGAGCUCGGUGAUUGUAUCUUAUCGCUAGUGAAUAGCAAUGACCCUGUCAAGGGUUUUCAUGUCUUCAUUGAUUUGCCACAAGUCUACGAGGAAUUCAUCCAGAAGUUUAUGAAGAUUAUGUUUAAGAAAGCUACGGAUGUUUUGGUUAAUCCUGAGGAAAGUGGAGUUGAAGAUUGGAGCUUGGCUUUACAAAUUGUUGUUAAAUUAGGGAUUCAGUUUUUCGAUACAAGAAUGAAACGAAACGUGAUCAAGAAGUUAAUGAGCUUUCAGCUUUUGAAUAUUUUGGAAUCAGCAAAGAAGCUAGUGGACAUGGGAAAUGAAACGUUUUUGGUACGAGUGCUUCGAGAUUUCGAAAGGUUCGUGUCAAGAGACAUGAAUCUGUAUAAAUACAGUGAACUACAUUGCUAUUUUGUGUCGAAGUUCGUGAGCAAGAUCGGAAAAGUCAGAGGAGUUGGAACACAAACCAAGGAGCUUGUGACGAAGAUCAACAUGUUGUUUACAAAACAAUAUCAUGGAAAAGAAUCUUUGCGUGGCUGGUAUGACCAUUUGAAGAGUUUAUCAUUACUUGAAGUUUUGAAAAUCUUCGCGUCAACUGAUCUUGAAGAUAGGGCCAGAGAUAUGGCUAUCAGACAACUCAACGUCUUACUCUCUGAUCACACUUCAAAGAGAGUGGAAAUAGAAAUUGCAGAGAUGAGACAACUCCAGCCAUUGCUCAUGUCCUGCUUAAAGGAACAAGGAGUUUCCUACAGUAUGUUCAAAGUCCUAGGUGAGGUGGUGAACCAUGUUGCUUAUGAGAUGUUGGUCUGCCAAGAGAAGAGAUGGGAUGAUCUUCGUGACUAUGUUGCAUCGCAAAGCGAAACAGAGUUUCAGAGAGCUGUUUAUGUCUUCCAGUGCUUAACAAUGCAACUUAUCGAUGACGGUUUUUUGGAUCCCGAGAUUGCACAUAAGAUGAUAGAUUCUAUAAGAGAGCUUGUGGAAAGAGAAAUGGAAGUUGGGAUUGUGAGGAGAGCUUUCAGAGAUGUUGAAACUAUUGUGAAGAAACAACUGGAAUGGUACAGUACGAGCCAAUACAGAUUUGUUAAGGGUUUGCUUUGGAGACUCUAUGCAAUCAAAGGAAUGAAAUGGGGAAGUAAGAUGGUGUUGUGGAGAAUCAAUUUCAUUGUUGAGAGAGGAGUGAAAGAAGAGGAGAAACAGCUACCAGAGACUGAGUUUGAUUGGCUCAACCUACAUGAUGAUGAUGGUGAUGAUGGUGAUGAUGAUGAUGGUGAUGAUGAUGAUGAUGAUGGUGAUGAUGAUGGUGAUGAUGAUGAUGAUGAUGGUGAUGAUGGUGAUGAUGAUGAUGAUGAUGAUGGUGAUGAUGGUGAUGAUGAUGAUGAUGAUGAUGAUGGAGGUUGA